AUGAAGCUAUCUCAGAUCAUUACCUCAUCUCAUUUAAAAUGUGUCUUAAUCAUAGUAUAUGCACCUUGCCACGUCACUGUGUCAGACGUCACCAUGUCACCUUCUGAUCCUGAAGAACUUGACCAGGCAACUGAAUGCUUAGAAUCAACGUUCUGCAACUCGCUAGAUAAGGUAGCUCCACUUAAAAGAAAAAUAAUUAGGGAGAAAAAGCUAGCACCCUGGUAUAGUGAUCACACACGAACUUUAAAACAGACCACUCGAAAACUAGAACGUAAAUGGCGUCAAACUAACUUGGUAGUAUUUCAAAUAGCAUGGAAGGAGAGCCUUUUGAGCUAUAAGAAAGCUCUUAGUGCUGCUAGAUCAGUGUAUCUCUCCACCCUAAUUGAAGAUAACAGAAAUAAUCCUAGAUUCUUAUUUAAUACUGUAGCAAAAUUAACUAGGACCACAAUAGAAACACGCACACAAUCAUUAUAUAGCAGCGAUGACUUCAUGAAUUUUUUCAAUGGUAAAAUUGAAAAUAUCAGGCUAGAAAUUCAGACUAUUAAUUUAAAACCGGACAGUUCUAUAACUAACCCUGUAGACGAUAAUAUAAUAAUAUUAGAUAAACAACUACAACGCUUUACUCCCCUUGAAGAGACUGAACUAAUUUCACUAAUUUCAUCAUCAAAAUCAUUAACCUGUAUGCUAGAUCCUUUACCUACUUGUUUCCUCAAACAGAUAAUUCCUGAAACAAUCAAACCUAUUUUAAAGAUAAUCAAUUCUUCCCUUAGCAUUGGCUAUGUACCUAAAUCUUUUAAAUUAGCAGUUAUCAAGCCCCUGAUUAAAAAACCUGACCUUGACCCCCGUCAGCUGUCUAACUAUAGACCAAUAUCAAACCUCCCCUUUAUUUCCAAGGUCCUAGAAAAGGUUGUAGCACAGCAGCUCAUACUUACAUAGGAAUAACAUUCAUGAAAUGUAUCAGUCAGGA